AUGACAAUUGCUAAGGAGCUAGAAAAACAAAGAUCAGUCAAAGCCAAGCGAUUGCAAAAAGAUGAAAAUAUUUAUUUUAAGGCAGAAGAGUUUUGGUUGAAUAAAAAUGGUUGUCCGAUUGGAACAGUCCCUAUUCGACGAUUGACACAAGAACAACUCCAAAAUGCCAAAGAUGCCUCCUUAAGUAUGGCAAAUAAAUCCCUUGCUGAAGAUAUCAUCGAUUUUGCAGGAAUUAGUAUAAAUGCAUCUCCAGAAAUAAAAAGUUUUACAAGUGCCACAGCCACUGUUACGUUGUAUAAUCUACACGUAAAUGGACUUGGCCAAUAUAGUUCUGCAACAAUAUUUCAUCAAAGUGCAGAUAGUGCGACAAAUUUCGAGCAAAUACAAGCCGGAUGGAUUGUACAUCCACAACUAUACGGUGAUAGCCGGACUCGGUUAUACUCCCAUUGGACAACAGAUGGCGGCCUGAAAACAGGAUGUUACAACAAUAUUUGUCCAGGAUUUGUUCAACUUGACACUACAGUACCAAUAGAUUAUGCAUUCCCAAAAAUCUCUAGGCCAAUGUAUGAUGACUAUGAAUUGGAAAUUCAGAUAUACAAGGAUGAAGACUAUUAUCUUUUGUUUCAGGGUUUUAUUAGUAUUGGAUUUUGGCCGGAGACACUUUUCAAUGAAUUAAGAAAUGGAUCGCAGGUAGUGCGAUAUGGAGGACAAGCGUUUACACCAGCGGGUCAACAAUAUAGUCCACCCAUGGGAAAUGGUAAUUUUCAGGAUGGCAAUCCACACACCACUUGUCAUAUGCGUCAAGUCCUGUAUGGAGUGGGAUAUAAUCAACUAGUUCAACCCGAUGAAUCGUUGGUUCAAACUCAUCAAUCUAGAUGUUACCAUGAAGGAAGUCAGCACAAUGCUCAUGAUGAUUACUGGGAUUAUAAUUUUUUGUUUGGGGGUGGUGGUUUUUGCUGAGAUGCACCAACUGCUUGUAUUGUAUUGAUACAUAAAACUAAGAAGCUAUUAUAUUAGUUCUUGCAAUUACAAUUGCAAUUUA